GUCUUUAUCCGCCAUCUACAUCAACCAUCCCCUUCAACGGUUCGUACAGUAUCUCAAAUGCAUUCUGCUCUUUCUCUCCCGGAAAUUGUUCGCAUGAUCUGCGCCAAGCUGCAUCCAUUCAGCUCCGUACACCGCCUUCGACAAUCUUCGGACAAGAAGCAAAACAAGCGUGCCCUUGGAGCGCUCGCCAGGACCUGCAGGGCCUUUCGAGCUCCUGCGUUAGACAUACUCUGGAUGGAUGUAGAAAUGGUUCAUCAUCUGAUGGUGACGCUGUCCGACGAGUCACGGGUAAAGUUGUUUGGAGAGAAUGAAAAGUGGUACAUUACCGAGUUCUUGUCGGCUCCGUCACCAAGUGAUAUAGACCGUCUUUGCGAGUACACAGAUCGCAUUCGCAAGCUCACUGUGGGAUCUGGAUACGAUUAUUCUGGGUACUUGGCCGGAAGCUUACUUCGAGAACCCGUCAGUUUGAGCCCUGGCCGCGUGUUUCCCAAACUCCAACAUCUCGUUGUCGAGUAUGAAACUCACGGAAGGGCACGUCCGCCUCCCAUGGCUUACUCCUUUCAUCGACCACUGUUACUUCCCUACAUUACCACGCUCGAGCUACAUCUGAUGUGGGAUUACGAAGACGUUGACAUGUUGCUCGGGCCAUUACCCGAAGCAUGCCCUGGUCUGCAACACCUCAUAAUCCGCUGUCUAAUGCCGGAUGUAGAGAUGCCUUCUAUACUGCGGGCUGUUUCUCAAAGCGUCAUUCGGAUACCCAACAUCAUCUCCCUUUGCUGUCCAGACCUCGAGGAUGAUGCCUUCGCUCACGUGUCCAGCUUCUCAAACCUUCGAGAAUUAACGUUGACCAGCAUGAAUACGGACAGUGCGGAGCGCAAGUCUGGGAAGGCGCAAGGCACUGGGAUCCUGUAUGCGUUUCCGGCGCUCGAUACUCUUACACUAGGCCUCCGGCAACUCUCCGAUGCGGUUACCCUGCUUUGUAAAUAUGCCGCCGUUCCACUUUCGGUCGAGCUGAAACUCCUAAAAGAACCUUUGCUGGAGGAAAUAAAUCGGCUAUUUGACGCGCUCAGAUCGCAUCCAGGCGGCGCACAGAUACAGCAAGUGAAGUUGGUUCACCCCAACUUUAUUCUUCAGCCGCAUGACGCUUUCCAUAAUCCUCCCGAUCUACAAUUGUCCACCUUCCGCCCCUUGUUCCACUUUCGCACGCUGCGUUCUAUCAACGUUGACUUCUUUCCCUUCCCCCGUGUCGCACUCACCAAGGACGAACUGCUCGGGAUGGCUCGAACAUGGCCCCUCCUCGAAGACCUUUCAUUCCCCCAUCUGAAAGAAGAUCCUAAGCUUUCCUUUGACGACGUUCUUGAGAUUUCAGCGGCGUUUCCCCGCCUCGAGGACCUUGCACUUCCAUUUGACUGGGAUCUCCUUGAAGAGUUCGAGGAUCCGGGGCGGGAGAUUCCUGAACGCAGUCAGACCAUUCGCGCUCUCCGAAACAUGGAUUACAUAAAGUACGAAAAACUUGCCCCCGUGAGCACCGUUUUGGCACGCUCUUUCCCGAACCUUGGCCUCGUGGACACUCGGCAUGGCCCGUAUGAGGACGUAGGCGAUGUGCUUGUGGUUGCGAUUAGGAAGCUGCGCAUGGAUGGGUUAUGCGGGCAGGUGGAUAGGUGGACGGUGGAUGAUCUAGCGAUGAGAGUGGUGCUCAUUUUCGAUGAGUGGAAGGCCAGCUGGAGAAGACUUUAGUAAUUUCGUUCAAGUGUCCUAUUGCCGUGGCUGAAAAGGUGUACAGUAAGGACCGGGAUAUGUUGAACAAGAGACCUUACC